CGCGCGCGGCGCGGGGGCGGGGGCACGCGGGCACCGGGGAGCGGGCACGCCCGCCGCGGGGUCCACGUGGACCCUGGGCUGCAGCGUCGCUGGGCCCGCGCCCGCGCGGGGGAGGGGGCGCUGCAUGGGUUCCCCUUUUUCUGCAGCCCGGAGCCUGGGGAAGUGAUUGCUCAAAGGCGGGGGCCGGAAGGACCCAGGUUCCGCGCCUCCCGGUUCGCGCAGCCCGCCGGGGAGGGGCGAGGCGGGACGCCCGACUGCCCCCGCCCCGCCCGCCGCGGAGCCGCCGCCACUCUACGCUGCCCACCGCCGGGGAGGCGCUGCUCCCGCGCCCCCCGUGCCCCGCCCGGGCUCCCGGCGCCGCAGCAGCCCCCGCCGUCGGAGCCCGGCCACCGCGCACGCCCCCCGCAGCCAGGGCGGGGCCCCGCGCCAGCCCGCCCGCACCCCACCUCCCCUGGGUCGCCGACACCCCCCCCCCAGGCUGUGGUGAGGGUCCCGGAGGCAGCACCACGGAGCCUGGCCAACCUCCACCCACUCAUGCCCACCCCACAUGAGGCUGAGAAGCAGCACACAGAGCCGGAGGAGGCGGACCAGCCCCCCUCAAUGUCCAGUGAUGCAGCCCCCCCGGCUGCCCCCAGCCGCAACCCCUGCUGCCUCUGCUGGUGCUGCUGCUGCAGCUGCUCCUGGAAUGAAGAGCGGCGGCGGGCCUGGCGGGCCUCCCGGGAGAGUAAGCUGCAGCCCCUGCCUAGCUGCGAGGCAUGCGCCCCACCGAGCCCUGAGGAAGUGCAGAGCUGGGCGCAAUCCUUCGACAAGCUGAUGCACAGCCCAGCUGGCCGCAGCGCCUUCCGCGAAUUCCUGCGCACAGAGUACAGCGAGGAGAACAUGCUCUUCUGGUUGGCCUGCGAGGAGCUCAAGGCCGAGGCCAACCAGCACGUGGUGGAUGAAAAGGCACGACUCAUCUACGAGGACUAUGUGUCCAUCCUGUCCCCCAAGGAGGUGAGCCUGGACUCACGCGUCCGGGAGGGCAUCAACAAGAAGAUGCAGGAGCCGUCGGCACACACCUUCGACGACGCACAGCUGCAGAUCUACACGCUCAUGCACCGGGACUCAUACCCCCGCUUCCUCAGUUCCCCCACCUACCGCGCCCUGCUGCUCCGGGGGGGCUCCCAGUCCUCCAACGAGGCCUAGGCUGACUGAUACAGAGCCCAGGAUCCCAGGAGGAAGAGCCCGGGUACAGGCUGCCUUGGGCCCCGCCCUGCCCUGGGGACACAAGGCCAGAGGUCCUGCCAAGUCCCUGGGGAUCCUGAGCUGGCAGGCCCAGUGCUCCUGGGGGGCUUCCUGAGCAGGAGGACAGACCCAGACUUUCCCUGGAAGUGAGACAGACCCACAGCCUCACUCUGGACCAGCCUCCCCCUGGUGGCUGCAGGCUUUGAGAAAUGCCUUUAUUGAAGGACAGAAGCCUCUGUACUGUCAAGCUCUCUGCUUAGUGGGGACUUUCCAACUUGAGCUGUCUGCAACCCAGAGUCAGACCCAGAACCUCAGAACCGGCCCCAGGGAGACCGGACCACCUCUGUUAGAGGUUCAUUCACCUUAGGCCUGGACACAAGCCCUCACUGUGUUUUAGCCCUCCCCUCCCAAAAAAAAAAGGAGAAAGUGUUUUCAUAUUUAUCUCCAUCUUUCCUUGCCCCCCAAACUAGGAUAUCUUAUUAUUGAAGAUAUUUUUAAAGCAAAAA